AUGAAAUUCGGGAAGUCGUAUCGCGAAGUGCUCGCGGACCCUACAUUUCCAGAGGACUGGAAAAAGGGGGCGAUUCAAUACAACAACCUUAAAAAAUUGCUCAAUGGCGUUGUUGACGAGCUCGAAUCAAUCGGGUUAAGCCCUGGGGUUGUUGAAGGGCUCCUCAAUCCACAAGGCGAAGGGCGCAGCACGCAAGCACAGGACCUGUCUGAAGCUGGCCCUUCCAAUUGGGAUGAAGCACAAAAUAACAGACGCGCGACGCCGGCGGAUUUACUACAGGUACAGGGGGACCUCGCAAACGACGCAAGUCUUCGUGCAGAAUUAGCGGCAUCAGAGUGGCUAUCUUCUCUUUCCGAUGAUAAUCGUUUCCGCAGGAAGCAACGUCGGAAAAGGAAGCCGCGGUCAAAUAGUACCGGCGGCGAACCGUUUUUUUUGCCCACGCCACACACCUCUCCGGAUACAUUUGUGCUUAACCCAGAAAAGUACAAGAGGGAAGGGGUAGAGAGUGCAAAGCGGAGUACUCGCCGCCACUCGUCGAGUGGGCUUGAGCGAACCCGGCUAAUUGAUGCGGAAAAUGCAGAACUUCCGCCGAUUAUGCUUGCGGAAGACGCGAAUCCAGACGCUGUCGCCGAGACACUUUCUCGCUCGCAAAUCGGCGCCUCAGGUGUGCCCAGUGCUAGAUCUCCAGAGCACGAUUGGUUUGGGUCGAAUUGGGCGCGGGUUCGCGUACCCCAAUGGUUUUCAUCGGAUGAAGGAGUACACCAAGGCUCGUACGGGAACACUGACGAGCCAUUGGAACCGAGAUGGGUUGAAAGCACGUCGGGCCGUCGAGCAUGGGCAGAAUACCAUGUUUUGGGUGAUUCCCUGGACCUCAGGCCUGAACUGGUGGUACAUAUAGAGUCUCCGGACUCGUUGAGUCUGUCUGCAUCGCCAGAUUCGCUGCAAAGCUCCCAAGUGUUAACACCCAAGGAGAGUAGGGAUAAUUCGCCCGACACGGCAACCGGCACUACCGCGAAUGAGAGCAAAAGCAACCGGCUGAGCAGGCUGGAUUUGGGGGCACCUGCACAGCAUAUCCAGACUAUUGUGUCUGCAGAAGUGCAGAAAGCCAACAAGAACAGUACAUCGCAAGGCAUUCACGAGCGCCGCGUCAUUAUCCCGCUCACAUCAGACGAGAAAUUUUUCAAGGUAUUAUCGGACGCAGUGCGUCAGCUUUUGCAGCUCCAUCUCGCCCAGCAACAAUCCUUAAUUCGGCAUGUGAACGAGAUUUGCAAGACGAUUUCAGAUGUGGCAAGUCCUUUGAAUACGCCCAAGGACAUGUAUGCAUGGCGCGAGAUAUUCACGCUUUGGAUCGAGCACGAGAUAUUUGAGAGUUCUCGCGAGCGCGACCGGGGCGAGUUGAGCGUUGUAGAGUCAAGGAGGCGACUACGAAACUAUAUUGAAGAGCUCGUAAAGCGCCGUUUUCUUGCGGCGCACAAAUCGGCACUGACGGAGCAGGAUAGCAAAGCGACAGACACUUGGGAGGUGGAAGGGCUAAACCGGUACUCUCCGCUAGCAGAUCCACGCAGUGUGAACGCAUUGGAUCAUUUCCUUCGCUUGAAUGUUGCGCUUGUGUCUUUGAAACGCUUUCAACGGCUGAAUAUCGAGAUGAUUCGCAAGAUUCUGAAGAAACACGAAAAAAAGACUGCACUCGAUAUUUCGAAAACGCUGGAUACGAUUCUGUUUGCGCCGGGCUCCAAGCCCCUCAUCAAAUCUCCGCAGACGGGUCUCUUGGUGACCGACUUGGAUUUAUCCACAGCCAAGCACAUUGAAAUUUUUCAAGCACUUUCAUCGUUUAUUCCGAUGCGACUUGCCGCGCCUUCGCAAACAUCACUCCCAAACAUUUUGGCGUCGAUCCUUACCAAGGCUCUCUUGCCAAUUCUUCCCUCUAUCAGCGCAUAUGACUGCCCUGUGUGCAUGUCUAUUGCAUACCAACCUGUUCGUCUCCGUUGCGACCAUGUGUUUUGUAUCCGUUGCAUGGUGAAAAUGCAAAAGCAAGGGACACGCGACUGUCCAAUGUGCCGUUCCAAGUAUGCAGUGGAAGAAGCUGGCGAGGAGAAUCUUGACGUGGAGAUGACUGAGUAUCUCUGUGCAUGGUUUCCUACCGAGGUCGAGGAGAAAGCUGCGAGCAACAAAUCGGACCGUUCUGUGGAAGAAAGGAAGGAAGCAGAAAUGCACAAAAAGAAAAAGUUUGCAUUCUUCCGCCGCGGACGCCGAUCCGAGCAGCACGACCAGGACUGCACCAUUUUCUAG